GCUAUAGGGACGCGAGUUAUGAAUUCUGACUGUAUACAAACUCGAACCGAUCGCUGUUUGUUGACUGAGAGACGAGGCGAAUUCAGAGACUUUUGCAGAGCAUUUUCAGUGCGGAUUUUGAAGCUGUUUGGAGGAUUUCAAGGAGACUUUUAUUCUAGAAGGAGAUCGGAGGAUACAUAGUUUUAUUUUUUGAAGAGUUCAUAUUAUUUCUAAGGACAGUUUUAUUUUAUUGUUCUUUUCUUAUUAGAAGGAGUUUGGUGUUUCAUUUACGUUAUUUUUUCUUUUCUUUUAUUAUUUUUUUUUUCUUUUUCUUUUCUUUUCUGAGAAGAGUUGUGUUUUAUUCUCUUUUUUAUAUUUUAUUUUGUAUUGUUUUUAUUGCAGUUUGGAGGAGGAUGUCGAAGGCUCACAGGGGUGGAAGAGGAGCCUCCAGAUCCAGGAGAGCUUCUUCCUCUCAGACGGCCGGUCAGGAGGUUUGGAGACCCGGUUCUGAUGACCGCCAUCAGGAUCCGCUGCCAGACCCGACCCAGACACUGAGCCAGGAGCUACCUGGAUAUUUAACUCCUCUGCCCUCGGAGUCUGUUUUUGUGUCCACAGGUCAGGAUCACUGGAGGAGGAAGUGGCAGAGCGGCAGCCAGCAGAGCCCAGAUGACGGACGUCCAUCCACUCCAUUUAAAAGACCUGCUACAUGGUCUCACAGAGAUUCCUCAGCGGGCAGCAGAGGCACGUACAGCGUCUGUUGGAGGAGGAGCGGUGAUGGAUCGGAGAGCCCAAACGAACAGGGCAGUUGUGGCAAACGCUGUUUGUCCAGGUGCGACAGCCUCGAAGAGUGGAUGAACCCUCCGCUGCCAGGUCAAGUUCCUGUCGAGCCAACAGUGACUUUAGAGAGUUGGAGACAGCAGAGGCUUGCCAUGGAGUCUCCUCCUGUGAAGAAGAGCUCAACAGAAAAACCUACAGAAAGGAGGAAGAGGAAAGGAUUUCGAUCUUUCUUGAAGAUGCUGUGGAAGGCCAUGAAGAGUCCUUUCAGCUGCUGUUGCCACAGUAGUGCUGGGGAUGUUGUGGAGCCUUUUGUCCCUCCAGCAGAUCUGGAGUCGUCACCUGAUCCUGAGCCGUCACCUGAUCACUCCAGAGUCAAGACAAAGAAAGAGUCCUUUGAGUCUCUCUUUAACGUGGGAGAGAUGAUUGGAUCCGGAGGAUUUGGCAGGGUGUACGAGGGGAGACACAAAUUUGAUGGCAAAAAGGUUGCCAUCAAGCGGAUUCGCAAGACUGACAACAACCGUUAUCUUGAUAUUCCUGGGCAUCCCGAACCUCUCGUUACAGAAGUGGCGCUGCUGCUGAUGAUGAGGCGAGAACCCAUCAGCCCCUACGUCAUACAACUAUACAAUUGGUUUGAACAUCCUCGAAAGUUCACUCUGGUUAUGGAGUUCCCUGAACCCUGCGAGAGCUUGCUGGACUUCAUCAUUCGUCAUCCUCAACUGGACGAAACAACAGCACGGGUCAUCAUGCGACAGGCUGUGCUGGCAGUACAACACUGCAUUGAGCGUGGCGUUUUUCAUAAUGAUGUUCAUGUGCAGAACUUCCUGUUGAAGAAGAACACGUUCGAGCUCAAGCUGAUAGACUUUGGCUGCGGUCAGCUGUUUAGUAGCGAUGGCUACGAGAGCAACGUAUACCUCGGAUUACCGGAUUACUGCCCACCUGAAGUCCUCACAGAACCGAGAUUCCACGCCGUCGCAGCGAACGUCUGGGCUCUAGGAGUGUUGUUGUACGAGAUGGUGAACACGUGUUCUCCUUUUAGGGAUGGAAUGGGAAUCGUACAAGCUAAAGUUACAUUUCGGAACUCCAACUUAUCCAAAGAAUGCAGAGAUCUGAUUAGCCAGUGCCUAACCCGGGAUCCAACUAAACGGCCGACAUUAGAGCAGAUGUUACAAGAUAAGUGGAUUAGAAAUGAUCUAGAUUGGAGAAGCUCAGGAGAUUCACCCCAUCAGUGAUUUCAGGAAAUAACAUGCUUGCUGUCCUUGGUGGAGGACUUGAGCUCGAGACUUGACCCGAAGCCUGAAGACCAACCCCAACCUGACAGGAACUCCAGCCGCCACACCAGAGAUCAGAGCCUGUCCACGUCUGAGCGAGAACAGAGAGACCGCGAGACAUCAGUUCAUCACAGACACAUUUGCUUUGUUUUUAAGUCAAGACAUCUUUAUUUAUUUAGCACUUUUUUAUAUGACCAAUCUGUAUAUAUGUAUAUAUAUAUAAUCUGUAUAUGAUCCCUUUGAAUAAAUGCUUUCAAUAAUUACAAAAGGA